AUUCUCCUCUAUAAAUAUUCCACGCUAAAAAACCUCUGAGUCUUAAACCCUCCGCCUAAACAAUCUAAAACCCUCUUCAAAUCUUCUGAAAAAUUAAAACCCAGAAUUCAAAAUACACUCUUUCUUCUCCAAACUCGUUUGAGGUUUCAGUUCUUCAAAGCCUUGUUCAUGGGAAAUGCGGCCAAGGGUUGAAUUGAAGUUACUAGCUUGCAUUCAGUCUGUGCACAGAAUCAAAAUGGAGAUGAAAUAGCUGUUGAUUUUCAAUCAAGAUUUCAUUGAGGGUAUGGCUGGGUAUAAAAAACAACCUAGAAGUGAUCGAAAUUCAAUCAAAUACAGGAUAAAACCAGCUGAGGGGGCGUCAUUUGAGCUUUCUGACUUUGUCCAGAAAGAGUAUGCCCCUGCUCCCUCUGAUGAUGAUAAGCAGAUCGCUAGAAUAUCCGAACCAAAUUCCCAAAAGAUACUGAGCACCACGGAGUUAAUCUCAGCUAUUGGUCAGAUAUGGGAUCGUGCUAACCAUCUUGCUGUUUACCAACCUAAGGCUAAUUUGACUGAUGAUCAUACUGGCUGUAAGAAGGAGAUAUUGGGGGAUCUGGACAAGGAGGAAAAUGGCUGGGCACCUCUUUCACCUGACAGUAAAUACUUUUGUGUUCAUGUAAAGAGUGCUGGUCAAUUUUUGCCAAUGGUGCGGCCAGAUCUAGAAUUUCUCAAAGUAACUCAGAAGACGUCGGUGUUUGAUUUUCGGAGCUUUCUACAGGGUGGUAAGCACUUGAAUAAUGGAACUUGUGGUGGUAGAGGGCUUACAAGGUUAGUAACACCGUAUGAAUUGGGAAAUAUAUAUCAAUGGAGAAACAAAACAGUUCCUGCUGAACAUCCAUAUGCUGAUGAUGUCGCUAAGAUUGAGAACAGGAAAGCUGGUGAACACUGCCUUCCUGGGGACACUACCGGCUGUUCACAGGGCGUCAUUUCAGGGGGUACAAAUAGUCCUGCAUGCAUGCAGGCCACUGAAUAUGCAUCUAGUUGUUCAGAUUUCAACAAAUCCAAGGAUCCAUAUUCUUGUCUUAAUUCAAAAUUGUUGAUGCAUCGAGGAACAACUAGAUCUCUGCUUUCAGAUUAUUUCCUUAAGGAUGCUGAUGAUACGAAGGUGGAUGGUAGCACUUUAAUGGAACACUGUUCGAGUCUUUAUGCUGAUUACUGUAUUAACUCUUUAGCUUCUUGUAAUGGUUCAUGGAAUAAGUGCCAUUUGACAGAUGAUGAUGUAUUGCUCGAAAGCAAGAGAAACCAACCUGAAAGGGUUGUUAGGGAGAAUGAAAAUAGAAUGGAGUUUCCCUCACAUAAACCAGAGAAACCUCAUUUUUCCCUAGCUAAGCAAGAGCAUGCUUUUGCAGGGGCAAUGGCUGGUAUAUUCGUUAGCCUUUGUCUACAUCCCAUCGACACAGUUAAGACAGUCAUCCAAACUUGCCGGGCAGAGAAGAAGUCUAUCUGUCUCAUUGGAAGAUCAAUUGUUUCUGAAAGAGGUCUAACUGGGCUUUAUCGGGGGAUUGCCAGCAAUAUUGCGUCGUCAGCUCCAAUAUCUGCAGUCUAUACUUUCACUUAUGAAUCAGUGAAAGGAGCUUUACUUCCUCAUUUUCCCAAGGAGUUUCACUCUUUAGCCCAUUGCUUCGCAGGUGGUUGCGCCAGUGUUGCCACGUCUUUUAUUUUUACUCCAAGCGAGCGCAUAAAGCAGCAGAUGCAAGUUGGUUCUCACUACCACAACUGCUGGAAUGCAUUGUUUGGAGUAAUUAAAAAGGGUGGUUUGCCUUCAUUAUAUGCCGGAUGGGGAGCUGUACUUUGCCGGAAUGUCCCACACUCAAUCAUCAAGAGUAAAGUAUAUUGCCUUCAAAUCCUAGAAAAUUACAAGGGGUCAAUUACAGUCUGGGAGACAGGGAGUUUCAAGAGAGAGGGCCUUGCAGAGCACUUAUAUACAGAUAUCAACCUUGUUCAUGGCUUCAAAAUCUUUAAUCUUUCUCUAGCAUUCUACACGUAUGAAAGCUUGAAGCAAAUGAUGUUGCCAUCAUUACACUCUAGCGCUCAACCCAACACAAUACAAACGCUAGUUUGUGGAGGUUUAGCUGGAUCUACUGCUGCUUUCUUCACGACUCCCUUCGAUGUGGUGAAAACAAGACUACAGACGCAGAUUCCUGGAUCUAUCAGCCAAUACAGUAGUGUGUAUCAUGCCCUCCAAGAAAUACACAAGCAUGAAGGUUUGAAGGGUCUCUACAGGGGGCUGAUUCCUAGAUUGGUUAUGUAUAUGUCUCAAGGAGCACUCUUCUUUGGGUCCUAUGAAUUUUUCAAACGCUUAUUUUCUUUGGAUGUGCCACAACUGAAUGCCCCAAGAGUCCUGCAUGAACAGAAUAAACAAGACAAUGCAGUAUCGUCAGUUAAAACUCCAUCAUCAGUGUCAACUGCAGUGCUAUCACCAUCUUAACCAAUAGUGCACAGUAGGUAUUCAAAACAAUCUGAGCUCAUAACAGAAUGAUUGGUAAUGGCAUCAAAACAUGAGAAAAUUCAAGAUUACUGCUCACUUGAGAGCUUCUCAGUGAGCCAUCGGCUGGAAAUUAAAACAGGAACCAUCAAGAUGUUCGAGGUUGGUGUUCAACUAGGGCCGCUUGAUAUUGAUCGGAUUUUCUGGUGAGACAGACUGUAACAUAUAGCAGUGCUGGUGGGCACAAAUCAACAAACCACCCAACCAUAUUACCCUGUUAUCUUAGCUUAGCCAUUUUUUAGGUUUCAACUAAAAUGUUCUCAAGAAACCUGUGUAUCCCAAUACAACUAAUUGUAUCAUUGAUUUUUUGCAAAUGCAAUAUGAGUUGAUUUUCUAGAA